UUACACAGUUCGAGAAACAUGGUGCCUUUGGAUAAGUGAAGUAGCGAGACGGGGCACGAAAACCAGUGUGGACAGGCUGCCUCCAAAGACAGUACUCUGUUGCACUGGUUGCAGCUACAGUCUGAAGCUGGAACAGUGGUGGACCCACCCAGGCUCAGAAGUGGCUGACCACAGCCCAUUCAGGCACUGUGCUGGCUGGUCUCCGAACAGAACAGGGAAGGAAGACCCUUAGGAGGUGGAUGUAAAGGGGCUGGUGGAGUCUCUGUGGACAUUCUCCUACUGAAAUGUCAAUCAGAAGAGCCGAAAGGAUGUCCAUCGCCCAGGCCUUGGCCAUGACUGUGGCUGAAAUCCCCAUGUUUCUUUACUCCACCUUUGGGCAGGUAAACAACAUCCCCAAGACGACACUUUCAAGUAAAGUAUGGAAUAUGUCUAAGAGUAUGUGUGUAAGAAUCUGUUCCAAAAAAACGAAUGCAUACAAAGCUUAUUUCCACACAAAUAUGAUGUUUGACUCACAGAAGAUACACAUUUGAUACAGUGAUUAGGCCUGUUGUGAUCUCUCACCCUCACUCUUUUCUCUGUCAGUCCAUAUUCUCUCAGCUGAAGCUCUCUCCAAGUCUGAAGAAGGUGCUGUUUGCCACGGCUCUGGGGAGCGUAGCCCUGGCCCUCACCGCCCAUCACAUGAAGAGGCGAGGGAGGAAACAGAAACAGGCAAAAGUUGAGCCGAAGCAGGUGGGAAUACCAGAGGUGUUGCUCCGGUUGGGGAGGCCGUCAUCCCUUAAGAGAGGUGAGUUUUGCAUCAAUGUGAUUGCUGGUGAUUUUAAUCAGGCUGUGAAACUGGCUCAUGAUUUGUUGAUGUGUUUGUUAGAUAGCUGGAUGAUUUGCUGAUUUAACCUCAAGGAGUAAAAGGGAUUAAGUCAAGUGAUUGGCUCAUUGACAGGCUGGUGUUUGAAUAAGGCUGUGUGGAUACAUUAUGUGAAAGCUGUUUCAGUAUAAUCAUGAUGAGAAUACCAGUUGCAAGUGAUCCAAAUGACUUGUUGAUAGAAGUGUUAGCUAACAGCCUUGUUUCCAUCCCAGGUGGUCCGAUUCCUGGGCGACAGAUGACGAGCCCCAGCACGCGGAGUAAUGACACCAUGAGCAGCAUCUCCUCUCUGGCCCCCAGCAAACACUCAAGAUCCUCCCACAGCAUAGCUUCCGUACGUUUGACUCAUUACUUUCUUUCGAUCACUCUUUCUUGUCCCUGAUUUCUCUCCUCCUCUUUCUUAGUGUAUUCUUUACCUCAGGCUACUCUUUUUAGACCAUCAUGGUGCAGGUUAUAUUUAAGCAAUAAGGCACGAGGAAGUGUGGUAGAUGGCCAAUAAGGCCCUUAUGGCUUAAACUCACCCAAGGUGAGCAUGCGAGUCAUGUGUGAUUUAUUUUAGAAUGCAUUGUUUUGAAUUAUAAUGACCCAACCGGGGUCAUUGGGGUCAGUGGGUUGUCCACUUUUACUCCUCGCUCAAUUAGAACGUGUCUCUAUUUUUGCGUUUUAUCGCUGGCGCUGUAGUCACACAAAACAAUAACAUUUUUGUUAUUAUUCACUUUUCUUUUCAAGCUCAUUUGAAUUGGAAGAGCUAAGAGUUGAGGCUUUACUAUACAUGCUAAAUUAUACCAAUUCAUCCACUUAUGGAAACAUCGCUAUCAGCAAAGAUGAUUGGAGAUAUGGACUAUCCUGCUAGCACGCAGUCACUGCUCUGCCCGUCCCAUCCUUUCCACCCGCCUUGCUCUGCCCAACCGCUUCUGGUGAGUUUUUCGCUUUAGCAUAGGUAUAUUGGCCAUAUACCACAAACCCACGAGGUGCCUUUUGUUAUUAUAAACUGGUUACCAACAUAAUUACGAUAAAGGCGAAAGAAACGCACACCUAUUUAGGUGAGGUGCUGGCUGACGGCGUAAAACACUUCAAAAAGAAAAGGAAAGCCGCACACUCUAGGAGCUCAGAUGCAAUAAUUUCAUAUCUUAAUAACCAACGUUUCGACAGACAAGCUGUCUUCAUCAGGGUAUACCAACAUAAUUACAACAGUAAACAAGUAAUUGUUUGUCAUACCCGUGGUAUAUUGUCUGAUAUACCGCGGCUUUCAGACAAUCAGCAUCCAGGACCCAAACUAUCCUGUUUUAUAAUAUACAUUAAUGGCGAUCAGUUUAGGUCAGGGGUGGGUAAUCUUUUUUGGCUCGAGGACCACAUCGGGAUUUCGAAAUUCAACGGUGGGCUGCACAGAUCUGUUUCUUAAAAUCAAAUUGCGGGCCCGAAAAAGGUCAGUUACUAGAAAAUAUAUAGGUCCAUUAUAAUUUCUACAUACUUUCUAUCUACUUUUAAAUGUUAAAGUGUGGCCUGAGUGUGUAUUAUUUUUUAUAUUUUUUUAUAACCCAAAAUCAGAAUUUCCCCACUUUAUUUUGAAUCGUAAAUUUUUUUUUUUACUCAAACCUCCCACGUGCCGGAUUGAAUGGGCUCCGGCCUGCGGGCCGUAGUUUGCCCACCCCUGGUUUAGGUUGUCAAUGGCAGUUUUUUGUGUCACAGAUGAGAGUCCUGCCUUCUCCGAAUCAGUCGGCCAAUCCCUCGACUCCCUGGGAGGCAGAGCCUGUGGAGGAGGAGCCAGGAGCCAUGGAGGACGCAAAUGCAGAGAACCUCUACAUCAUUGGUAAUUGCCCUUAUGAAUCCCCUCAUAUGGCCUCCCGAGUGGCGCAGCUGUCUAAGGCACUGCAUCGCAGUGCUAUUGGCGUCACUUCAGAUCCGGGUUCGAUCCCUGGCUGUGUCGCAGACGGCAGCGACCGGGAGACCCAUGAGGCGACGCACAAUUGGCCCAGCGUCGUCUGGGUUAGGGGAGGGUUUGGCCGGCUGGGAUGUCCUUGUCCCAUCGCGCUCUAGAGACUCCUUGUGGCGGCCAGGCGCAUGCAUGCUGACUUGGGUCGCCAGCUGUACAGUGUUUCCUCCGACACAUUGGUGCGGCUGGCUUCCGGGUUAAGCGUGCAGUGUUUCAAGAAGCAGUGCGGCUUGGCGGGGUCGUGUUUCGGAGGACCUCGCCAAGCUCACGACCUUCUCCUCUCCCGAGUCCGUACGGGAGUUGCAGCGAUGGGAUAAGACUAACUACCAAUUGGAUAUCACGAAAUUGGGGAGAAAAAGGGGUAAAAAUACCAACAACAAAAAAAAAAUAUAUAAAUAAUUAUAACAAAUAAAAAAUAAAUCCCCUCAUAUUGAUGCAGUAAAGAGGACAGACAAUAUGCAACUGAGACAGAGUUUUUGAUGUGCUUUUUAAUGAGGAAAAGUAUUUACCAAAAUUGAAUUAGUUACUUAUUUCCCAUUCAGAAGAACUGUGCAAGGACCUUUGAGUAGAAGGAGAGUUGGACAUUGACAUAGAGGGUUAUGCCUGACUAUACUGUAUGUCCUGCACUGUUUGUCUUGGUCUUUUCAUUGAUACAGGAUAAAGACAUUUCUGUAAUUCAGCUAGUCUGUUAUCUUUCCUCAGCAACCAAAUGUCUGGGAGGCCUCCCAGUCCUUCGAUGGUAUUUCUAAACCACCCGACAGAUUAUCAUCACCCAUCCUUGCAUUUUACGAUGCAUUCAUGCUCCCAACCACUGCCAUUAAUUUGUGGCUGCGUUCCAAUAAUAUUAUGCCUACUAUUUUCCUCUAAGUGUGCACUUGCGCUCUCUCUUUCCUUAAAAACACUGGAUGUUGAUGUUAGCAUGGGUUCCCACCACAUUGCUUACACUAUUCAAUUAUUUUUUUACAUCCAUGAGCGAGAGUGAGCAGGCGAGUUGCACACUCUGGGGGAAAAGGGUAAGGAAUGAUAAUAAGGUCCCCUGUCUUCCCUUCCCCCUCUCAGGAAUGCCACUCUUCCUGAUCAAUCAGUACUUCCUGCUUUUCCAACAUUAAUCCUCCCUCCAUUCAUAUAUAUAUAUAUAUAUAUAUAUAUAUAUAUAUAUAUAUAUAUAUAAUUGAAACUGACCUAGCCCCUAGCCAAAAUCGUGCUUUUCUUGAUUUUUCUAUGCUAUCCUGAUCACGUCCUCAUCUCCCCCAGGCAUGGAGCUGUUUGAGGAGGCCCUCCAGAAGUGGGAGCAGGCCCUCAACAUCCGCCACCGCUCUCACUCCAGUGCUUCCAACGCCAGUACGAGCCUGGCCCUGGAGGGGGAGACGGCUUGCCCCGACCUGCCCACGGUACGCCACAGAACUAUCUCACACUCAACGGUACGCUACACUUUUAUUUUUCUGUAUUUAAUUUAAUUUAUCCUUUAUUUAACCAGGUUAGUCCCAUUCAGAUAUGAAUCUCUUUCUCAAUGGAGCCGUGGCCUAGAGGAAGCCACACUCUCACAAAUCCAUCAAAGAUUACAUUAAAAGUAUCCUCCGAUUUCUCACUCCACCAGCCUCCAUUGCCUUAACGAUUCAGAGAAAGGAUGAUGGGCAACACCGGUCCUGGAGGGCCACUGUGAUUUGAAUUAUUCAACUAAUGUAGUGAUUUUUGUUUGUUUUCAUGGUUUCAUUCCGAUUCGCGUAACAAGGUCUUUGCCGAGAAGCUGGAGACCCUUCUGCACCGGGCCUACCACCUACAGGAGGACUUCAGCACCAACAUUCCCCCAGAUAGCCUGCUAGCAGACUUUGGUAAUUAGAAUGCUAUGCAAAUCUGUUGACUUGUUGACGGUAGCUUUAGCAUUAGCUAUUAGAAUGCUGCUAACAUGAAUCUAUUUAUUUUCUGCGUAGACAGUAUCUUUAGCAUUCAGCCAUAAUGGGUAAUGUAGCUGGUGUAGUCCUUGUGUUGUGGCUCAGACUGUUUGCUUCGUUGUCCUGCCAGAGAGUGAGGGAACGCUCAUUCUGCCAAACUUGGCGAGUAGAAUGUGUGAAGACGACACCACUACGAUCACUUCGGACGAUUCCUUCUUCUCAGCGGCAGAGGUUGGUUUCUCUUUCUUUCUCCAUCUCUCUUUCACUCAGCAUCUCUCACGCACGUAUUCUCUCUCCCCCCUCACUCAAACUCACACACACUUCCUUUCUCCCAUACACUCACAGUCCAUCUGCCAGACUCACACUUUUCUCCCUCACACACCCCUACUCCCUAUCUGACACACACAUACACCACUACUCUAGUCUCAUGUAUCCUAUGUAUCCUCAUGACUAUCAUGUAUCCUAUGAUAUGAACAUGUGUGCUAAGGAAUGUGCCUCUCCAUCUAUUUUCCUCUGUGCAGCUGUUUGACCAGCUAUCUCUGGAUGAGGUGUACCAGCCUCUGAGGCCCGCUGCUCUCUACGACGAGGCCGUGUCACUAGUCCAGGACGGCAGUGUGCCCUGUCGAGCGCUCCGGUAAGUGCUAGCUAAGUACUAGACCUGGGUUGAAAAAUUAUUUAAUUAAAGUGAUAGAUUUGGAGAGGGUUUGGGGUUUGUACUUUUGGGACUAUUCCAUAGCUUCCAUUGGGCCAAAGGCAAGAUCAAUCGAGCACAAAUACUAUUUGAGUGCUGUUACUCACAUCUAGGGCUGUUGCGGUGACCGUAUUACCGCCACACCGGCGGUCACGAGUCACGAAGUCAUGAAUUCCACGUGACCGUUUAGUCAUGGUAAUUAGGCUUCUCCAAGCUAAUGGUCAUUAGUAGCCUACCAAACUUGCUAACUGCCUGGUACUCAGCAAUCUAUUGUCCCUCUAAUCACUCUGACAUCAAUGCAAAUGUAAUCGAAAAUCUAAUCAAACACUUCAUGAGAGCCCAUGAGCUCAUGUUGCACAACAUUUCUAUAGGCUAUGCAAUUGCGUGAGAAAACAGAGUGAUGGCUUCUAUUAAAAAGAGGAUCCCAUCAGCUUUCUAUAGGCUAGGCCUACUAUAUUUAUUUCUCAACUUUCCUAAUAUUAAGCACAUUGCUUGUCUUUACAACAUGAGUAUAGCCUACCUGGCUGGUAUGAAAAUGAACCACAGGAAAAGCGUCCUCCAUUCGCUAUUUAAGUGCAUAGACAACAUGUAUUUUUUCCCGCUGCCCCUGUUUCGAGACAGGUGCAUGAUAAUGGUCCAUUCUAAAUCAAAACAAAUUUCACACAUACAUUAUUUAGUAUAUGUAAAGACAAGAUUAAAUCAAGAAUAGUCUGAUGGGUGACAAUAUUAGCCUAUCACUUGUGAAUUAUAUAUUAUCACUUUUGAAUGAUGCCCAGCAUAAGAAACUGCCUUUUUUUUGCAACUUUUUCGGAUCAUAGUUGCACACCUCAUGUAGCCUAGCCCAUAGGCCUAUAUGUUUUUAUAAGGUUUGUAUCACAACUAAAGUGGCCAAAUAACUUCUUAACAUUAAGCACAUUAAUCCGCUUUACAAUGGGUUUAGAGCCUAACUGGCAUACAUAAGCAGCACGUGAGUUUCAAGGUUGGGGAAGAUAAUUUUCUCUAAAAAUGCACCUUCAUAAAAAAGCAUUACAUGCAUAAUCGCAUUUGCGGUCACUUUUGAUAAUGGUGUUUUCCCGCUAAUGGAACGUUCGCGCUUAUAGCCUACUGCCAUGUGCGCAUUGCUGUGCUUAUAAUGUGAAGAAAUAGCCUAAUAGUUUAUCAACAUUUUAAGCUAAACGUUCUGAUCUGUUGUGUCAGCCACAUUGCGUAAAAAAGUGUUUUUUGAUGAUAGUGGUUGUAUUAAUUUGGGAUUAAUUGCACCCCACAACUGUCCCAGACUAUGUUUGGAAUAUUUUCUUGCGCAGAAUAGACUAGGUCGACUUUUGUGCUAUGGGGGAUAGUAGAUUGACAUAGUCUAGAGCUUUUGCUGUUCGUUAGGCCUACUCAUCUUGUUGGCUGACGAAUAGUAAAUGUGGACAGUCCUUCCAAUAUCUUCAAUAUGCACCUUGGAAUUGGAUAAGGACACGCGCAGUUGCGUCCCCGAUGUGUCUGUCUUCACUUGUAGCCUGUGAGAAAGACCCGAUCACGUGACUGAGAGCCAUGUAAGUGAGAGGCGCUUCGGAUUGCGCAGCACGCUCAGGGACAAGGGCACAACGCAGCACUCCGGGCCGCAAAAGGCAUGGAUUUUUUUUAGGGUGCAUUACGGCCACAAAAGGGAUGCCGCCGUGGAAGUCGCGGCAUUAUCAAGUGCUUUUUCAAAUUGUGAAUGAGAGACUGAUGAAGUAUGUACAGCCUGCGCAAAAAACUAAGCAGAGCUCAUGCCUUUUCAAGCGACUUUUUUCAAAUCAUCAUUAGUCGCAUCAUGCAGCCUUAAAAUGUAUUUAAAAUCUAAACAUAUAGCCCAACGUUUGUAGAACAACUAAUGUUACAUAAAUAACUCUAAAUUAAGCAUAUAGGAGUACCUAUUUCUUUGUUAACCGCUCAACACAGAAUAGCCGCAUGUGCGCACUCCCUCAAAUCGUUCGGAGAAAAUAUUUAUAUUUUAUUCAGCUUUGUUCAAUUGUAUUCUUCAUACUAUAAAAUCAUGCCAUGGAAUUAUAAGCAAAUCUUGUCUGCUAAAUGAACUAGUGUAGCCCACAGCCAUAUGGCAUAGCCACAUCAGGACCUAACAUAAGGACAACUCUUAUUUUCAUGCUUCUUUAGACCUGUCUAAAAUAAAUAAUGAAUUUAUUGUGAAGGUGUAGGCUAUAUUACAUGGAUUUAUUAGACUUUUUAAAAUGGCUUGUAGGCUAUGUGUGGAAGCUAGGAGAUACUAAAUGUGUUUGUUAAUUAACGGUCAAUUACCGUGAGACCGACAGUUAUUUGCUUGACAAUCACCGGCUGACACAAUUUCGUGACCGCCACAUCCCUACUCAUAACCAUAUAUUUCCGACAUAAAACUAAAUGAUGUCUAUUCCCGUUUCAUAUUCUCAUCUUUCCCCCUUCUCCGUCCCUCAGAACUGAGCUGCUAGAAUGCUACGGUGACCAGGACUUCCUAGCCAAGCUCCAUUGUGUGAGACAAGCCUUCCAGGUCUGAAAUACUUACUGAAGAUGAUUUAUUGGUAUUUAUAAACUGGGUGGUUCGAGCCCUGAACGCUGAUUUGUUGAAAGCCAUGGUAUAUCAGAUCGUAUACCAUGGGUAUGACCCCAAAAAAUAUUUUUUACUGUGCUAAUUACGUUGGUAACCAGUUUAUAAUAGCAAUAAGGCACCUCUUGGGUUUGUGGUAUAUGGCCAAUAUACCAUGGUUAAGGGCUGUAUCCAGGCACUCCGCGUUGUGCAUAAGAACAGCCCUUAUACGUGGUAUAUUGGCCAUAUACCACACCCCCUCGUGCCUUAUUGAUUAUAUAGACAAUGUCACUGUGGAUUUGAUGUGACCAAGAUGGGUCUUUGCUGAAGUCCGCAGUGCUCAGUUGUUGUUGUUUUCGACAGGUUCUGUUGCUAGACAAAACUCACCGGACGUUCUUCAUGGAGACCGGCAAGCAGAUGAUCACAGGACUCAUGACCAAGGCAAACAAGGUGACAACACUCACCUAUAUCCGUACCGAUACAUACAAUACGUGACCAAAAGUAUGUGGACACAUGCUUGUCGAACAUAUCAUUCCAAAAUCAUGGGCAUUAAUAUGGAGUUGGUCCCCCCUUUGCUGCUAUAACAGCCUCCACUCUUCUGGGAAGGCUUUCCACUAGAUGGACUAGAAAAUUCCUGCGGGGACUUCCUUCCAUUCUGCCACGAGCAUUAGUGAGGUUGGGCACUGAUGUUGGACGAUUAGGCCUGGCUCGCAGUCGGCGUGCCAAUUCAUCCCAAAGGUGUUUGAUGGGGUUGAGGUCAGGGCUCUGUGCAGGCCAGUCAAGUUCUUCCACACCAAUCUCGACAAACGUUUUCUGUAUGGACCGCACUUUGUGCACGGGGGCAUUGUCAUGCUGAAACAAAAGGGCCUUCCCCAAACUGUUGCCACGAAGUUGGAAGCACAGAAUCGUCUAGAAUGUAAUUAUAUGCUAUAGCGUUAAGAUUUACCUUCACUGGAACUAAGGGGCCUAGACCGAACCAUGAAAAACAGCCCGAGACCAUUAUUCCUCCUCCACUAAAUUUUACAGUUGGCACUAUGCAUUCGGGUAGGUAGCAUUUUCCUGGCAUCCGUCAAACCCACAUUUGUCCGUCGGACUGCGAGAUGGUGAAGCGUGAUUCAUCACUCCAGAGAACGCGUUUCCACUGCUCUAGAGUCCAAUAGCGCUGAGCUUUACACCACUCCAGCCAACUCUUGGAGUUGCGCAUGGUGAUCUUAGGCUUGUGUGUGGCUGCUCGGCCAUGGAAACCCAUUUCAUGAAGCUCCCGACUAACAGUUAUUUUGCUGACGUUGCUUCCAGAGGGAGUUUGGAACACGGUAGUGGAUGUUGCAACCGAGGACAGAUGAUUUUUACGCGCUUCAUUACUCGACGGUCCCAUUCUGUGAGCUUGUGUUGCAUACCACUUCGCAGCUGAGCUGUUGUUGCUCCUAGACGUUUCCACUUCAUAAUAACAGCACUUACAGUUGACCGGGGCAGCUAUAGCAGGGCAGAAAGUUGACAUUGUUGGAAAGGUGGCAUCCUAUGACGGUGCCAUGUUAAAAGUCACUGAGCUCUUCAGUAAGGCCAUUCCACUGCCAAUGUUUGUCUAUGGAGAUUGCAUGGCAGUGUGUUAAAAACAUUUUUUUACACCUGUCAGCAACGGGUGAGGCUGAAAUAGCCGAAGCCACUAAUUUGAAGGGGUGUCCACAUACGUUUGUAUAUACAGUGGGGAGAACAAGUAUUUGAUACACUGCCGAUUUUGCAGGUUUUCCUACUUACAAAGCAUGUAGAGGUCUAUAAUUUUUUAUCAUAGGUACACUUCAACUGUGAGAGACGGAAUCUAAAACAAAAAUCCAGAAAAUCACAUUGUAUGAUUUUUAAGUAAUUAAUUUGCAUUUUAUUGCAUGACAUAAGUAUUUGAUACAUCAGAAAAGUAGAACUUAAUAUUUGGUACAGAAACCUUUGUUUGCAAUUACAGAGAUCAUACGUUUCCUGUAGGUCUUGACCAGGUUUGCACACACUGCAGCAGGGAUUUUGGCCCACUCCUCCAUACAGACCUUCUGGCCCACUCCUCCAUACAGACCUUCUCCAGAUCCUUCAGGUUUCGGGGCUGUCGCUGGGCAAUACAGACUUUCAGCUCCCUCCAAAGAUUUUCUAUUGGGUUCAGGUCUGGAGACUGGCUAGGCCACUCCAGGACCUUGAGAUGCUUCUUACGGAGCCACUCCUUAGUUGCCCUGGCUGUGUGUUUCGGGUCGUUGUCAUGCUGGAAGACCCAGCCACGACCCAUCUUCAACGCUCUUACUGAGGAAAGGGCCAAGAUCUCGCGAUACAUGGCCCCAUCCAUCCUCCCCUCAAUACGGUGCAGUCGUCCUGUCCCCUUUUGCAGAAAAGCAUCCCCAAAGAAUGAUGUUUCCACCUCCAUGCUUCACGGUUGGGAUGGUGUUCUUGGGGUUGUACUCCUCCUUCUUCUUCCUCCAAACACGGCGAGUGGAGUUUAGACCAAAAAGCUAUAUUUUUGUCUCAUCAGACCACAUUACCUUCUCCCAUUCCUCCUCUGGAUCAUCCAGAUGGUCAUUGGCAAACUUCAGACGGGCCUGGACAUGCACUGGCUUGAGCAGGGGGACCUUGCGUGCGCUGCAGGAUUUUAAUCCAUGACGGUGUAGUGUGUUACUAAUGGUUUUCUUUGAGACUGUGGUCCCAGCUCUCUUCAGGUCAUUGACCAGGUCCUGCCGUGUAGUUCUGGGCUGAUCCCUCACCUUCCUCAUGAUCAUUGAUGCCCCACGAGGUGAGAUCUUGCAUGGAGCCCCAGACCGAGGGUGAUGGACCGUCAUCUUGAACUUCUUCCAUUUUCUAAUAAUUGCGCCAACAGUUGUUGCCUUCUCACCAAGCUGCUUGCCUAUUGUCCUGUAGCCCAUCCCAGCCUUGUGCAGGUCUACAAUUUUAUCCCUGAUGUCCUUACACAGCUCUCUGGUCUUGGCCAUUGUGGAGCGGUUGGAGUCUGUUUGAUUGAGUGUGUGGACAGGUGUCUUUUUAUACAGGUAACGAGUUCAAACAAGUGCAGUUAAUACAGGUAAUGAGUGGAGAACAGGAGGGCUUCUUAAAGAAAAACUAACAGGUCUGUGAGAGCUGAAAUUCUUACUGGUUGGUAGGUGAUCAAAUACUUAUGUCAUGCAAUAAAAUGCAAAUUAAUUAAAAAUCAUACAAUGUGAUUUUCUGGAUUCCGUCUCUCACAGUUGAAGUGUACCUAUGACAAAAAUUACAGACCUCUACAUGCUUUGUAAGUAGGAAAACCUGCAAAAUCGGCAGUGUAUCAAAUACUUGUUCUCCCCACUGUAUAGUGUAUAUGACCUAUAUCCUCACCCCAACAACCCUGUAUCUUCACUAACAGUCUAUCUCUCUGAACAUGUUUGUUACUUUUUAACACACUGUCUCGAGUUGUAUCUUCAUUGUUUUGUUCCUCUUUGUUCCCUGUAGAGUCCAAAAGCCUUCCUGGAAGCGUAUGAGGACAUGCUUCUCUACACCCAGAGAGAGGAGACCUGGCUGGUCAGCAAGAUGGAGCUAGAGGGACGAGGGGUGAGAUAUUUUUCCUAUUUAUUUCCCUGUUUUCUCUUUUUUGAACCUUCUCUCUUCAAACAUAAAUGGAAGUGUCUAGAAAUUCGAGUGAUUCUUUCAUAAGAUAAUUAUAGCUAGAAUCAGUGUCUAUAAAUCGCUCUGAGUAGAUUGACUAGUGCGUGACAAUUCAUGAACUCUCACACUUUACAUGUGGUGUAGAGCUGGGCCAGAUUCAUUGCACACCAAACUACUAAAACAGGGAGGGAGUACCUGAACUUAUUUUCUACCAAUAAGAAAAGCUUGUUUUGCUAUUGUGUGCCUUAAUGAAUAUACGUUGUUUGAAGCUCCUGACCUUGUAUGACCUAUGACCUCUGCCAGGUGGUGGUAAUGAACUUCUUUGACAUCGUGCUGGACUUCAUCCUGAUGGAUGCCUUCGAGGACCUAGAGAGCCCACCCUCGUCGGUGGUGGCCGUGCUGAGGAACCGCUGGCUCUCCGACAGCUUCAAGGAGACAGUGAGACCACACACACAGAAUCUCUCUCACACACACUGAAAAACACACACACACUCCUAUAGUCAUCAUGCUAUAUUGAUUCUAGCAGGCUCAAUAACAACUGUAAUAUAAACAUAACACAUAAUUACACAGGCUGACAUGCUGGACAACAGGGUCUAUUGCAUUCACUUCAACUAUACCAUUGGUGAAAAUAUCCUGAAAUGUAAUAAAUCAUGCAUUGUGUUUGUGUGUGUGUGUGUGUGUGUGUGUGUUUGUCAGGCCCUGGCUACUGCGUGCUGGUCCGUUCUGAAGGCCAAGAGGCGUCUGCUGAUGGUUCCAGAUGGCUUCAUCUCCCACUUCUACGCCAUAUCAGAACACGUGAGCCCUGUCCUGGCCUUUGGCUUCCUCGGUCCCAGACAGCACCUCAGUGAAGUGUGCACCAUCUUCAAGGUGGGAGUUUUAAUCUGGACUUUUCCCCCUGACCUUUUGUCCCUGACCUUUUGUCCCUGAUUUAUCUACUACUAGUAUUUAGAGGUCACACGUCACUUCUUUGUUUUAUAUUUUCAUUUACUCUUCUUUUACUCAUGAUUUUGCAAAGAAUGUCAUGUUUGUGCUUUGUUUGUCUGUCUGUCCUGGUGUUACCUUGAUUCUUGCAUAGAGCUCACCUUAAAUAACAAGUUGAAUCAAAGUGAUGCCUUAAUCUCUCAAGUAUCGUAAUUCCUGUAGACAGUCUACCCAGAUUUUCAGGAGUGAAAUGCAUGUAGAAAACAAGCUUGAUUUUUCUUAGAAAUAAAUUACAUCUCAUGAGGACAUUGCUCACCAAUGUACUGAACUCCUGGAAAGACUGUAUCGACUGCAUAUCUCACCCUCUCUUUCUUCCCUCUCUACUACUCCACAGCAACAAAUAGUGCAGUACCUGAAGGACAUGUUUGACCACGACAAGGUGCGCUUCACCUCAGCCCAGUCUCUGGCCGAGGACCUCCUGAGCCUGUCCCACCGCCGCAGUGACAUCCUGCUGGGCUACCUGGGCAUCGACAGCCUGCUGGAGCCCAACGGAGCCCUACCCCAAGGAGAUGCAGCAGCCGGCCCCGGCCGCUCCAACCACCACUGA